GCGCGUGCGCGCGGGUUUCCGUUACCGCCGGCGCGCGCGCGUGGCAGGCGUGAGAGGAAGCGGGAGGAGCGGAGGGGGGAGGGGAGGCGAGGCGGCGGCGGAGGAGGCCGUAGCGGCGGCGGCACCCAGGCCGGCGCGAGGCAGGUUUCCCGCUGCGCCUCCCGCCGGGAGCGCCAGACAGAGGCAGCGCCCGCUUCCUUUCCUCCCCCACGACGUCGGGGGAGCGGCUCCGCCCGGACCCGCCAGUGACGCGAGGGGGAGGGCUGAGAGCCGCGCAUCGGGCCUUGUAGGCCGCUGUCGGCGUGACUCGGCCGGGCCGCGCCGGCCCACCGCGCGCUCAAGAUGUCGGCGCAAGCCCAGAUGCGCGCCAUGCUGGACCAGCUCAUGGGCACGUCCCGGGACGGUGACACGACCCGUCAGCGAAUCAAAUUCAAUGAUGACAGAGUGUGCAAGAGCCACCUUCUCAACUGCUGCCCUCAUGAUGUGCUCUCUGGAACUAGAAUGGACCUUGGAGAGUGUCUGAAGGUGCAUGACCUGGCAUUAAGGGCAGACUAUGAAAUAGCAUCCAAAGAUCAAGAUUUCUUCUUUGAGCUUGACGCAAUGGACCACCUGCAGUCAUUUAUUGCAGACUGCGACAGGAGAACAGAAGUGGCUAAGAAAAGACUAGCAGAAACCCAAGAAGAGAUCAGUGCUGAAGUUGCAGCUAAAGCUGAAAGAGUUCAUGAAUUGAAUGAAGAAAUCGGGAAGCUGCUGGCCAAAGUAGAACAGCUUGGAGCAGAUGGGAAUGUGGAAGAAUCUCAAAAAGUAAUGGAUGAAGUGGAGAAGGCUCGGGUAAAGAAGAGAGAAGCAGAAGAAGUAUACAGGAAUUCUAUGCCUGCCUCCAGCUUUCAGCAGCAGAAGCUACGGGUUUGUGAAGUGUGCUCAGCUUACCUUGGUCUUCAUGACAAUGACCGACGACUUGCUGACCAUUUUGGAGGAAAACUGCAUUUAGGAUUUAUUGAAAUAAGAGAGAAGCUUGAGGAACUCAGGAGGAUUGUGGCUGAUAAGCAGGAGAAACGAAAUCAGGAACGUCUGAAACGUAGAGAGGAGAGAGAAAGAGAAGAAAGGGAGAAACUAAGGAGGUCCAGAUCCCACAGCAAGCAUGCCAAAAGAUCUAGGUCCCGAGAUCGCCGCAGACAUCGCUCUCGCUCCGUCUCCCGGGAACGAAAGAGGAGAACUCGCUCCAAGUCCCGUGAGAAGCGCCAUCGCCACCGAUCUCGCUCCAACACCCGCAGCCGGAGUCGCAGCCACCAUCGAAGCAGACACAGUUCCCGGGAGAGAAGCCGAGAGCGCAGCUCCAAAAAGAGGUCCUCAAAAGAAAGAUCUUCCAGAGACAAAGAACGUUCAAGAGAUCGCGACCGAACUUCACGUGAUAAAGACCGGAGCUCACGAGAGAGAUCACCGCGGGAUUUCAAAGACAAGAAACGCUCUUACGAGAGCGCCAAUGGCCGAUCAGAAGACCCAAGGAGCUCAGAAGAGCGUGAAGCAGGGGAGAUAUAACUGGCUGUGUAUUCACCUGGUCUCUAGCUUCCUAUGGAGUUGCAUACUAUGGUUUAGUUUACAGUUGUUCAAAGGGACACCAGUGAGCAGUUCCACACACUGAUCAACUAGGGUAGAUGUACAGUAUAUAAAAGUGGUUAUAACCAAGUCAGAAUUAAACCCCAUCAAUUAAUGAUGCCUAAAGCUGGGUCCUGGACUUCCACCAAGUUGUAAAACUUUUCUGAAACAUUUCUCUUUAUUCAGGACGACAGUUUUAUGUACCAAGAUGCAGAUCUCAAUGUUUUUAAUCUCCUUUCCAAUACAAGUUAGUGAACAAAUUAUAUUGUACUACUUGCCUUGGGUGCUUUUGAACCUUUAUAAAUUCUCCAAUUCUGCACCAGUCAAAACAGCAGCGUUGAAAGAGGUUGUAUUUUGGGGGACUUUAUUGUUUGCUUUUUUGUUUUUUGUUUUUUUGGUUUUUUUUUUGUAAGAGGGUGGGUGGAUGGAUAUUACCUUUACUCUAAGGUUACGUUCCCAGUGAUGUUUUUUGUUUGGGAACCUAGGAGUUGAUUACAGUGGGAGCAUUUAGACAGGAAUGUGUGCUGGAGAAAGCGGAAAUGUCUUUUUACAGUGCCUAUUUAGACUUGGAAAUUGAACAGCUGUUGCAUUACAUCUUUUUUUUUUUAUUAUUUCUACUUAAAUUUUGAAAUCAAAGCCAGUCCCAUAUCUGUACCAUUUGAUUGGUAUGUGUUCAAUAUAUUUGGUUUUUUUCCA